CCAUCAUUAUUUGCUUCAUAUAAUAACAUAACGAAUGUCAAGUAUGCGGUUGAAUUAAUAUAAACAAAUACCUAAUUUACGUCUUAUUUACGGUACUCGUUAGUAGUGUCGUGAAAAUCCGCUAUAAAUUUAAUAUAGCGAGGGAUGAAACCUGGUGAUCAGUAGGUAAAUAACAUUUUUCUUAAGCCUUAAGGAACUAUCAAAGUGACAAUGUCAACAUGUUUUUACUCUGUUAAAUGGAUCAGUACUGGAAAAAAUUGAUGAUGCUGAUUUUGGCGUAAUAAGAAGAAUUAUUGCGAAAUUUUAUACAGAAUAUUAAGUAAUACCAACUUUAGGAAAGAUUCUAGCGAUAAUUAAGGAAAUUGAAUUUUUAUAUGAAAAAAACUCACUGCGAAAAUUCCAUUAAUAUAGAAGAAGAGUCCAUUAAUACAGGUGUACAAAAUCAAUCGCUUUUAUUCUUGGUUAUAAAAAUAAAAAAAUUAGGAACACCCAAGUCUACGUGGCACCCCCCUGGCAAUGCUAGCAGCCCAAUGCAACAAACUGAGCAGUAAAUCGCCGCCCCCCUUAGCAGACGCCGCCGUGGGCAAAGGUUUCCACCCGUGGAAGAAAUCCCCUCAAGGCGCCCCAUCUCCCGGCAGUACCGGAGUCUCAUCGGCCAGCUCCUUGAGCCAACGAUCAACAGCCGCCUCCAAUCCCACCUACUCGCGAUCAGUGAUGACCUCGUGCGCUUCAGUACCCACCACCGCCUCCUACGGGAGCGACUUGUACUUCCCGGGAGCGACCACUCAACCCUCUGUCACUGACAACGUGCAUCACCACCAAAGCUCUUUGCUGGGCAAAGUCGAGGGGGCGGCGACCGCCCAUCAUGCCGCCCUUGGGUCCGUUUACUCUCGACACCCUUACGAAACUUGGCCCUUCAACACCAUGUCCAGUGCCACCCAUGGAGGGAUCAAAAGCGAUUCCGUUGCUGGAGCGAACGCUUGGUGGGACGUACACUCUACCGCUGGCAGUUGGUUGGAUAUGAGCGGGGCUGCUGGGAUGCACGCGCAAAUGGCUGCGGCCAACUACUCUUCGGAUUAUAGCACUUUAACCCAUUCACUAGCCGCGUCAAACCACUUGCUCUCCUCAGGUCAGCAUUUGCUUCAGGACACUUACAAGUCAAUGCUGCCGGGACAAGGUGUCGGAGCGUCUUUUGGACUUCACGCGGCAAACUCCAGUCCAUCCCCCACAGGUGGAGCGGGUGGCUUACCACCCCAAGUACCAUCUCCAAGGUCCCAAAGACGAUACACCGGAAGAGCAACGUGUGACUGCCCUAAUUGUCAAGAAGCAGAACGACUGGGCCCCGCAGGGGUCCAUUUGAGGAAGAAGAACAUUCACAGUUGCCACAUACCGGGGUGCGGAAAAGUCUAUGGAAAAACCUCACAUCUGAAGGCUCACCUACGAUGGCACACCGGUGAACGUCCGUUCGUCUGUAACUGGUUAUUUUGCGGCAAAAGGUUCACGCGAUCCGACGAACUCCAGAGACACUUGAGGACUCACACCGGCGAAAAACGGUUCGCAUGUCCCGUGUGCAACAAACGGUUCAUGCGGUCCGACCAUUUGGCCAAACACGUGAAAACCCACAACGGAACCGGUAAGAAGGGUAGUUCGGACUCGUGCAGUGAUAGUGAGGAGAAUAGUCAAAGUGACAUGACGAAUAACGUGAACUCGCCGUCGUCGAUUAAUCAGACGCCACCGCCCUCGCAGGGUAUGGGGGGCCUCGAGAUGCACGCGGGGCUCGACGUGAAGCCCCCGGGGCUGGUUUGAGGUCGGUGGGGCCCGGCAUUGCUGUACUCCGGCUAUCAGCGCUGAGGUGGCCCCAAAGUGAUAAUUGAAAAGUGUGAAUUUCUUGUAAAUAUUGUUUGAGAGCGAGGAGGGGCAGGGGAGCUUUUGUAUUGAGCGAGGUUCGUUUUGGUACGGUUAAUCUAUAGCGAUCUUUUGGGUGAAAAUGAGUUUUUGUUUUACAGUUUUGCUGAGGUCGUUUUUUAUGAAAACUCGAAAUAUUUUUUUGAAUGAGUUUUUCUCGAAAACCGUGGGUUUGAGAGAAGGACUUCUUAGAUAAAAAUUGUAGAGUGGAAAGUUCCCUAAGAAUUAUUUCAUUAAUAGUGAAGAAAUAGUCCAUACUUGCAGUGGAGUCGUAGGUUAAGGUAAAAUGAAAAUCCUCCAGUCUCCCUCUAUAUUUAGUUAGCCUAAAAUUCCUUACAUGUUUCGGAAACAGUGGCGUCCAUCAUCAGGGGUGACUAAGAGAAAAUAGUUACGAACAAAAAACAAACAGACACAGAAAAAAAGUGUAAAGGUGUUAAGUGUACCUUAUAUUAAUUUUUUUCUGUGUCUGUCUUUUGUUCGUAACUAUUUCCUUUUAGCACCCCCUGAUGAUGGACACCACUGUAUCCGAAACAUGUAGGGAAUUUUAAGCUAACUGAAUAUUUAAUAAAUAAAUGGAGGGAGACUGGAGGAUUUCCUUUUUACCUUAAUUAUUUCAUUAUUCCACAUUUCUAGGGACUGUAGUACAGAAAAUAGGGGGCAGAGAGUAACAAAAAUUAGUAAAUAUAAAGUUUUGGAAAUCAGUAAUUUUUUUUUCUAAAAAAAAUGAAGAAAAUAAGUAGAAAUCUAUCAAAAUAGCAUCACGCAAAAGAUGUUUUUCGUACAAAUUCUUCUUUUUUCAUUAUUAUCCAUUUGUGUAUUAAAAUUGUAAUAAAUACACCUUAAAUACAAAGAAUUUGAAUUGGGAAACAUUAAAUAAAAUUAAAUGCCUUUAAUUGUUUCCCCCAUUAUCAUAUUUCUUUUUUAUUGGCUUGUCUAGGUCCGCUGGUCCUUUUUUAGAUGUUCUUCAUCUUUUUCCAGUCCCUCAGUUACUUUUAGCAACGAAAACAAAAAAAAUUGAAAACAGAAAAAAAUACUAAUUAAAGAAAUAAUAAGAAAAUUAAACAAGAAAAUCGAGAAAACUAAAAAAUAUUUAAUAAAACGUUAAUAAAAAGAAAAUAAAGAUCCUAGAGGGACAAUUUUGGUGGUUUUCAUCUUAAAAAUUAGUUUUUGUCUUACAGUUUUGCUAAGGUCGUUUUUUAUGGAAACUCAAAAUCAAGGGGUCUAGUCACGCAAGAGUUGUUUUUAGUACAAAUUCUUUUCAUAGGACAAAGGUCUAUUAAUUAUAUUGUACUUAUUAUUACCCGUUUGUGUAUUAAAAUUCUACUAAAUAAACCUUAUAUACACGGAACUUGAACUGGGAAACUCCGAAAAAAAUUAAAUGCCUUUAAUUGUUUCCCCACGUAUCAUAUUUCUUUUUUAUUGGCUUGUCUAGGUCCGCUGGUCCUUUUUUAGAUGUUCCUCAUAUUUUUCCAGUUUCUCAGUUACUUUUGGCAACGAAAACAAAAAAAAUUGAAAACAGAAAAAAAUACUAAUUAAAGAAAUAAUAAGAGAAUUAAACAAGAAAAUCGAGAAAACUUAAAAAUAUUUAAUAAAACGUUAAUAAAAAGAAAAUAAAGAUCCUAGAGGGACAAUUUUGGUGGUUUCCCUCUUAGUGGAAUGUAGCAAAGAGUUCUGCUCCAAAUUUCUUAAUUUUCGUAAAAACUUUAAUUUUUUAUAGUCAUUUAGAUUAUGAAAUUAUAGGAAAACAAUAACUGCCUUCAUUUGGUUGCCUUUGUAUCAAAACUCAUGGUUUUUAUUGGCUCCUCUAUAGACGUUCAUGUUUUUUCAGUUAUUCCUCGUUUUAUUCCAGAUCAAGGUCUUUCCUUAUAUCACUGAGGAAUUUCUAGUUUCUGUGAAUUUAAAUGCAAGAACUUGAAUAGUGGAGAGAAUUGUAUGAGGCCUAUGGCCACGCACAAGCUGUUUUAAGUGCAAAUUGUUAUAUAGUAUAUAGUUCUAUUAUUUUGUUGUACUAUUUAUCACCUAUUUGUGUAUUCAAAUUGUACUCAUCACUAAGAAACUUUGUAUAAAUUUUCAAUAAAAUUUCAUUAUUACCUUAAGGCAGCACGGGCUGUAGCAGUGCUACCACACUUUUAAAGUUUCAUAAUACGUAACAUAUUAAUAUCAAGUCAUUUUAUUUACCCAAAUUAGUUUCUUUUGGACCAAUAUGACCAUACUGGCUGAGGAAAGUACUACCCACUUUUCAAACUAAAAAACCUAAAUUUUUUUUUAUAGCUACAAUUUUUUAAAGGUCAAGAUAUAAAUUAAAUUAAUUAGUCAUCCAAGUUUUUCGAAAUUAAAUUUUAUAAUUUAUUCAAUGUAUACUUUUGGCAGAAAUUUUUCCCUAAAAAAAUUAAAAUUCUCUGUAGUUGGUAGCACUGGCUUAGGGGUUUCCCAUUUCAACAAAUUAACUCGACCUUUAAAAAAAAAAUCAGAUAUGGGGUUAACAGAAAACUUGCGUUAGGCAACACUGGUUAAGAAUGCUCUUUGAACGUGAAAGAUUUAGAAAUUUUUAGAAAAUCCAAAAACAAAAAUUAGAUUACCAACAGAUUUCCUUAUUUAACGAUUUUAUAAUAAAAAAACGGCCCUUUUUCCUUUUGACUAUCAACAUUCCCCAACAAGUCGAAAUUUCCUAGUCAGUAAAUUUUUUUAUGAAAUAGAGAUUACAAGCACACUCUUACAAACUAUUAAAAACGAAAAUUCCUAAACUCCUAUUUUCUGUACCUUGGAAAUAACAAUUCCUGAUUUAUUAAAAAAAUAAUAGUUUUUUCCUUGUACGUAAAUUAUUGCAGUUGGUAACACUGGCUUAAACAAAAUCCCCUAAACAAAUGUCCUAUUUUUAAUUAGUUAUAUUUAUUAUUUAUUUGUGUAAUAAAAUUUUAUUAAAAAAAAAUGCAUUUAAAUAAAAAAAAAUCCGUUUUUUUUUAACCUUGCAUUGGUCAUUUUUAGUACAAAUUCUUAGAUAGUACAAAGCUUGAUCAAUACAUUGUACUAUUUAUCACCUAAUUACACGUUAAAAUUGUACUAAAAAAAAUCCUGUGGGUAGUCAAAAAUCAAAUCAAUUAAAAAUAUUUUGAGUUUUCCAGGGACCACUACUAAUCAUUUCCGCCUAAAAUCGAUCGUACUACUACUACUACUACUAGACUAACUGUACUAUUUAAUAAAAAAGCUUCUAGUGGCGUGUAAAUACUUUAGAAUUAUAUAUAUAAUUUAAUGUUAAAGUAUGUAUAGAUGUAUCGGAAUAAUAAUAGCUUAUAUGGUGAAAGAGAAUACUUGUCGCUGUUAAACUAAAGCGUAUAGAAUGUAUAUUAGUUACACCUUAAUUGGCAUUUCAUGACUCAAUAAAAAUAAAUACCCUAAAAAAAAUAAAUUUACAUAUCAGUUACGACGCCUUUAAAAUAUGAAUAUUUUAUACAACAAACUGUACUUAAAAUAAUAAUUAUAAACAAAUUAUUAAAACACUACUAUUUGUUAUAUUUUCUUAUAUAAGCAUCUUCACGUUAUAAUUGUUUUUUUUAAUGGUGUUUUUCUGUUAGUUUUAAACGUUUCCUUCUCUUCUCACCAAAGAGUUGUAUAAAAAAAAUCAUUAAAUGAAUAUUAUGUCCUAUUGUACAUUUCUUACAUUGAAGCUUUUGUGACCGCGCAUUACAAAUACAAAAAAUAUAAUUUUUAAUUUAAA